ACCAUAUAAAGAGCACACCAAUAUAGACAUUCAACUGCAUUAUUACACCAACUGAACUGUGAGGCAUUCAACUCGAUCCCCAUUGAAAAGACAAAGGCUAAAGAUAGAGCUGAAGACGAUGACGCUGAAUAGCAAUCCUCAGUUGAUUAUGCUACUAUGUGCUUCUGUUAUGGUAUCCUUUGCGGUGAUCUCUUCCUCUGCAACAUCAACAGAAGCUUACCCAUCUGAUACCUACAAAGCUUGGAGUAGUAAUGGUGAGGCUGAAAUCACUAUGGAGCUAGUCCCACCAAGAAGGGAAGUUCAUGGAGGAGGAAGAAUUAUUGAUAUCAGUCACACUUUUAGAAGUACUAUGCCUAAGUGGGGAUCAUCUGAAGGAUUAGGCCAGUUCUUGACUAUACAUGACGGUGACAGUAUGAAAAAUGGUUCAAUUGCUAACUUUUCUGAGAUGAAGUUGCCUAUACAUACUGGAACCCAUGUUGAUGCGCCUGGUCAUGUUUUUGAUCAUUAUUUUGAUGCUGGUUUCGAUGUUGAUACACUUGAUCUUGAAGUUCUCAAUGGUCCGGCAUUGUUAGUGGAUGUUCCAAGAAACAAGAACAUAACUUGUGAAGUUAUGAAAUCCUUAAACAUUCCUAAAGGAGUUAGUCGUGUUCUUUUCAGAACAUUAAACACUGACAGGAAGCUCAUGUGGAAAAGCGAGUUCGAUACAAGUUAUGUUGGAUUUAUGAGGGAUGGUGCAAAAUGGCUAGUAGAAAACACUGACAUCAAGCUAGUUGGAGUCGAUUACUUAUCUGUCGCUGCGUAUGACGAUCUGAUUCCUUCUCAUCUUGUUUUCCUGGAAGGCAGGGAGGUCAUUCUAGUGGAAGGUCUAAAAUUGGAUGACGUUAAGGCAGGAAUGUAUAAUGUCCACUGCUUGCCGCUAAGGUUAUUUGGUGCCGAGGGAUCACCAAUACGAUGCAUUCUCAUCAAAUGAUCAUCUAUGAUGUUUGUGUACAAGUUUCUUGAAAUCAAUAAUUUCGUUUUCAUGGUUGUGCACCUCCACAGUUGUAACUGGUUGUGAUACAGUAGUUUGAAUCAGUACCUAGCAGCGCACCUCUGCGCUGUAACAAUGUCAAUUGUAAUACUAAAUAAUUUGAAAAUAAGCUACUUGUCCAAGGACAAGCCUACGCCAAUA